UAUCGAUAACAGUACUCAAAAGUCAGGCGUGAAGCGAAUUUUUCUUUAGGGUGCCACGAAGCUGCGCCGCGUUUAUUUUCAUAUAUUUUGUUUGUUUUUAAACUCGUUCUGCGCACCGUAAAAAGCGCAGGUUAUGUGCAGAAUUGCUGCGUGGUUAAUGUGCAAAUCCGUGUGUGGAGUUGCUUGUGGUUUAACCCAGACAAGCCAAUAAUUAACAACGAACAAAAGCCGCACCGGCACUUAACAGUAGGACUCAGCCAUAAAACAAACGCAUACAAAUACCGGCCAUGCCCAUGGACAUUGGCAGUGGAAGCAGUGGUGCGGCGACGAAAGCACGGGGUUUCCUAACUUGGGAAAAGCAAGAGCAUCUUGUUAAACUAGCGAUACUUAUUUUGGCCGCUGUUUUAUCGUUCGCCACGCGCUUAUUCUCCGUGCUGCGUUUUGAAAGCGUCAUACAUGAAUUCGAUCCAUAUUUUAAUUACCGCACCACGCGGUUCUUGGCCGAGCAAGGCUUUUACAAAUUCCACAAUUGGUUUGAUGACCGUGCCUGGUAUCCGCUUGGCCGCAUCAUUGGCGGCACCAUUUAUCCUGGAUUAAUGGUUACAUCAGCGGCCCUGUACAGGCUUAUGUGGAUGCUGAACAUUACCAUUGACAUACGUAAUGUAUGCGUAUUUUUGGCGCCGUUCUUCUCCUCGCUCACUACGCUUGUAACCUAUGCAUUAACCAAGGAGAUACACAGCAUUGGUGCUGGUUUGGUUGCUUCAGCGCUUAUAUCCAUCGUACCGGGCUAUAUAUCACGUUCGGUGGCUGGUUCCUAUGACAACGAAGGCAUUGCUAUAUUUUGCAUGCUCUUCACUUACUAUCUUUGGAUCAAGGCUGUUAAAACGGGCACUAUAUUCUGGUCGGCAAUGUCAGCGCUUGCUUAUUUCUACAUGGUGUCCUCGUGGGGCGGCUAUGUCUUCCUCAUCAAUCUGAUCCCGCUCCAUGUCAUUACUCUGAUGAUUACUGGCCGUUUUUCACAUCGCAUUUAUAUAGCAUAUAGUACUCUAUAUUGCGUUGGCACUAUACUCUCGAUGCAGAUAUCGUUUGUGGGCUUUCAGCCUAUCCAGAGCUCUGAGCACAUGCUAGCUUUGGGUGUGUUCGGUCUCUGCCAGAUACACGCUUUUGUGGACUAUUUACGCUCACGUAUGCCCAAGGACCACUUUGAUCUCCUCUUUAAGACACUAGUAUCGAGCGUGAUCAGUAUGGUGUUGAUUGUUGGAACCGUGCUGACAUUAACAGGCAAGGUAUCGCCUUGGACGGGACGUUUUUAUUCGCUGCUAGAUCCAUCUUAUGCCAAGAAUCACAUUCCAAUUAUCGCCUCUGUGUCGGAGCAUCAGCCCACAUCUUGGUCAUCAUUCUACUUCGAUCUGCAGAUUCUUGUCUUUCUUUUUCCCGCUGGCCUCUAUUUCUGUUUCUCGCGGUUAACAGAUGCCAACAUCUUUAUAAUUUUGUAUGGCGUCACUAGCAUUUAUUUUGCUGGCGUUAUGGUGCGUCUAAUGCUUGUGUUAGCGCCUGUGAUGUGCGUUCUUUCCGGUAUUGCCAUAUCCCAUCUGCUGGCCAAGUACAUAAAGAGUGUGGACACAGGUGGUGCAAAGCCAGCAACAGAAAGCAAACGGCAACACAAGAAAAUGGAACAGCAAAGUGGUGGAGUCAAGAGUGAGGUGGCCAUUGGUUUUGUCACUAUUAUAACGCUGAUGCUUAUCGUUUAUACGUUUCACUGUACCUGGGUCACCUCUGAGGCCUACUCCUCGCCAAGCAUUGUGCUCAGCGCGCGCUCCCACGAUGGUGGCCGCAUCAUUUUUGACGACUUCCGCGAGGCUUAUUACUGGCUGCAAAUGAAUACACCUGAGAACGCACGUAUCAUGUCCUGGUGGGAUUAUGGCUAUCAAAUAACGGCAAUGGCUAAUCGGACGAUAUUGGUGGACAACAACACCUGGAACAAUACGCACAUUUCUCGUGUCGGUCAGGCAAUGGCGUCGUCUGAAGAGAAGGCAUACGAAAUUAUGCGUGAACUGGACGUUGACUAUGUCUUGGUAAUUUUUGGAGGACUGACGGGCUACUCGUCCGACGAUAUAAACAAAUUCUUAUGGAUGGUGCGAAUUGGCGGUAGCACUGAUCGUGGCGCACACAUCAAAGAAAAGGACUAUUAUGCGGCAAAUGGAGAGUUUCGUGUCGAUAAAGAGGGCUCCCCCACCCUACUCAAUUGCCUCAUGUACAAGAUGUGCUAUUAUCGCUUCGGGCAAAUGUAUACAGAGGGAGGUAAAGCGCAGGGCUAUGAUCGUGUGCGUGCCGCUGAGAUUGGCAACAAGGACUUUGAGCUUGAUGUGCUCGAGGAGGCUUAUACAACAGAGCAUUGGCUUGUGCGCAUCUACAAAGUGAAGGACUUACCAAAUCGAGGAGUCUAAAUAAUGCUAUCUUGUUCUCUGUCUCUCUCACACAGUCUCCUCGUUUUCUAUGUCUAAUAUAUUCGCAUGCAUUCUUCGAUAGAUGUCUAUUUAAAAACAUUCUGUAAUUUGUACAUUCAUUAGGCAUAGCUUUAACUUUAAGCUCAGCUUUUUAUUAUUAUUUUACUCUUUUUUUUUUUGUUAUGAAAAAAUCUCGUUUGAGUAUUGUUAUUCUCCGAUGUUUCUCCGUCUCUCUCCUAGUCAUAGUAGAGAGACUUCUAAUGUACUUUACAAAGUUUCCUUUGAUGAAUCGAAUGCGCACCAACGCGAACAUAUUCCUAGAGCAUAAGCAAGUAAACUGAAUGAAUAUGUAAAAUCAAAUCUCAUGAAAAUUA